CUGUUAGUCGUCGACACCCAGUCCGGUGUUAAAGGUAGUGUUCCACAAGGAUGUGGCGUAACUGAACCAUUUGUAAAAUGGAAUACACAAACCUCGAGAUAGGGUCGGUUCUUGGGUUCUAAGGAUUAGUGAUACCUGUUUCUGAUCCUGACGUCGAGAUGGCGACUGCUGAAAUGCGGUCGGCAUUCGCCCCUUUAAUGGGGGGCGCUACAUACCGUGCCAGUAAAUUCGAUACUCCGUACGGACUAAGACCGGAUGGCGAAAGAAAGGAAGUAAUCACAAAGCAGGAACCUGACAAACUUCCAAAAAUUAUUUUGAGGGAUAGUACGGGACAACAGCUUAAUACGUUUACCACGUUACAGGAGGCCAUUUACAGGGCAGAACUUAAUGUGAGAAGAUCCCGGAUUGGAGCUACAGCUCAGGAAUGGCGACUACCACAUGGGCCUCUUCCAGCCAAACCUGAUUAUUCUCGAGUCGGUCCGUCUAUGUCGACCUAUAGACAGAAAAUGAAUAGCUUAAAGAAGAAAAAUCGGAUAGUUUCCAGGAGCCUUCCAGAAUAUACCAGAUAUAAGGAGGUGGAUGUCGAUGAUGUUGCCUUUGUAGCAGAAAGCCUGAAUCACCUUCCAAACGUCCCGUCGUUGUCCUUCCUGCGUCAGGAGUUCCUGGCCUCCCCAAAGCGUUACUUUCCAAUUGUACACAGCAUCCUUCUACAUCAGAAACUCCUGUCGGAAACUGACAAACGGGAUCCGGAAUACACAUUCCCGGGAUUCUGUUUUGGAUGCAGACAGCAUAUGUUAUGUCCAGGAUGUGAUCGAACGUCAAAACCACACUAUCACCUAGACAAUCUGUACAAGACGACUGGUGGUCUCACACAGGCGCGGACCCUUCAGGAUGAGCUGAAAAAACAUUACGGGGACAACUGGCGACUUACACUUCCUGACCUCCUUGUACGCAAGACUUCCAAAGGUAACAGAAAACUUGAUACAUUGCCUGUGAUGAGCAUUUAG